AUGCCCAAACGUAUGCCCAGAGUGUAUCUCAUCCGCCACGGCGAGACUGAAUGGUCUUUGAAUGGCAGACACACUGGUGUGACUGAUAUUCCCCUGACCGCCAAAGGCGAGCAGAUGGUCCUCGAUAUGAGCCCCCGCAUGAUCGGUCCUGGUAAGUUAAUCCAGCCCGAGCACGUCCGCAACAUCAUCAUCUCCCCCCGCGCACGAGCAGCCCGAACCGCUGAGCUUCUCUUUGGCGAGCACAAACCGCCCAAAGCAAACAUCACAACCGACCCCGAAGUCUCUGAAUGGGACUAUGGAGCAUACGAGGGCCUGCUCUCUUCAGAAAUCGCGGCGCAGAGGCCGGGGUGGAGUAUAUGGAACGACGGUUGUCCGGCUGGUGAGACCCCGGGAGAGAGUCCUCAGGAAAUCAGCGAUAGGGUGGACCGGGUCAUUGCGAGGGUCAGGGCUAUCCAUAGCGCUCACAAGGACGAUGCCCUGGGCUCUGACGACGCCAAUUGCGCAGACGUCCUCAUCUUUUCUCAUGGCCACUUUUCGCGAUGCUUUAUUGCAAGGUGGUGUGAUCUACCUGUGCAGACGGGAUAUCAUCUCUGUGCCGAGCCUGGAGGUCUUGCUGUCCUCGGAUAUCAGCACCGGUCUUUGGAUGAGCCUUCAUUGCUCGGUCUGAACUGGUACACCGAAGACGCGCUCGCGAAGCGUUAG